AUGAGCAACAAUAAUUAUCAACUCGGCGAUUUGUCCAAACUCUUCGGAUCAUCAACAACAACAGAGGAAUCAGAAAGUAAAGCAUUGUGGGUUACAAAAGCACAAGCUAAAACUGAUGAUAAUGAUGAAUUAAUAACAAAAUUGAAGAAGGAAAAGGAAUCGAGCGAUGAUAAACCAAAGAGACAAAGAAAGGAAAAGAGAGAAAAGAAGAAGGAAAAUAAAAAGGACAAAAAGCAAGUAAAUAACAAGAGAAAGGCUAAAGAAGAAUCCGAUGGUGAAUCAGAUGAUGAAGAUAAACAAGAAGCUAAGAAAUCUAAAUAUGAAGCCAAAGAUGGUGAAUUAGAUGAAAAAGAUGAUGACGAUAAGAAUGAUGAAGAAACAAAUGAUAAGAAUAAUGAUGAAGAUAUUUUCAAAUCAGUUCCAAAGAGAAAGAAACAAAACAGAUCAGAAAAGAGAACUAAUAAUGAAGAAAAAAAGAAGGAAGAAGAAAAGACAAUAUUCAUUUCAAACUUCCCAAUUCCACUUGAAGAUAAGAAUUUAAAGAAAUCGAAGAAAUUAGUGACAAAAUUGUUCUCUGUUUAUGGUGAAAUUGAAAGUAUAAGAUUUAGAUCAUUGGGAUUUGAAAAAUCUAAAAUUCCAACAAGAAAAGGUCACUUGGCUGCUGGAUUGAGAACGAAAGAUUAUGGUACUGUAUAUGUUCACUUUUCUGAAAUGACUGCUGAAAUGUCAAAGAUUAUUUCUGAUCUUAAUGGAAAGGUUUUGCACGGAAGACACUUGAAUGUUGAUACUGCAUCUCAUAAGGAAACAUCAAAGGACGAAAACGAUUCAUCUAUUUUCAUUCAAAACUUGCCUUUUGAAAUUGAUGAUGAAGAGGUUUGGGAAACAAUAGGAUCAGAACAUGAAAUUGUCAGAGUUCGUAUUGUUAGAGAUCCAAUUUCAGGUAAAUGCAAAGGAUUCGGUUAUGUUCAACUCAAGGAUAAGGAAACUGUCGAAGAAAUUUUGAAGAGUAUUAAAUCAAGAAAAGCCCACGUUAUUCAAGGAAGAAAGAUUGAAAUUUUAAGGUGUAAACAAUCUACUCCAAAGACUCCAAAGACUCCAAAAACUCCAAAAGCUCCAAAAGCUUCAUCCAAGUAAAUAUUCUAUUCAU